AUGUCUUCACAAGAGGGUAUAUACUUCCCUACCGUCUACGAACCCACAGUCUUCGAGAACUAUGUCCAUGACAUCUUUGUCGAUAACGUCCACAUUGAGCUGUCCUUGUGGGACACCGCCGGCCAAGAAGAAUUCGACCGUCUCCGCAGUCUAUCCUAUGACGACACGGAUCUGAUCGUACUCUGCUACAGCGUCGACAGCAAGGACUCGCUCGAAAACGUCGAAAGCAAAUGGGUCGGCGAGAUCGCGGAUAACUGUCCCGGUGUCAAGCUUGUUCUUGUGGCGCUCAAGUGCGACCUGCGCGAGGGCAACGAUGACGAUAACGUCGGCGCCGAUGGCCAGCCGCAGGCGCCGCAACCCGGCGAGAAGCGCAACCCCACCCUGAUCAACUACGACCAGGGCCUCGAGGUCGCCCGUCGUAUCCAGGCAUCUCGUUACCUCGAAUGCUCGGCCAUGAAGAACCGUGGCGUCAAUGAGGCAUUCACCGAGGCCGCGCGUGUCGCCCUCAGCGUCAAGAAGGAGCGCGACGAGUCCAAGUGCAUCGUCAUGUGA